GUGACAUUUAGCGAUCGGUCUCUCCGCAUAACUCCGCAUAAUGUUCAUUGUCAUUUAUCAGCCUCAGCUUGACUGUAUUUGUGCUGUGUGCGUCCUGUAGAAGAAUAAACCACACACUUCCACAAACUUGUAUGCAUAUGUCCUGCACAUAUCUACAAUACAUCAAGCUCUCAUCCUUUGAUAAUCAUCCAGCCUGUCGUGAGUCAAACCAACUGCAUUAAAGAUCACACAGUGGAUAGCCUGUACAUUUGAUUCCAUUCUGGAUGGAUAUAACUUGCACUUGAUUCAGCUUCAUCAUCUCGAUGUUCUCUGAUGCUGCAAUUACAGAGAUUGAACAGAGCUAAGAAUAUUCAUCUAAUCUGAGUUUAUAAAGCAGCCCAUCGACUGAACAGAAUACCCAAACCUCUCAUCGUGAAAAAGCUCAUAUUACAGUAUCCUGACAUUUGACCACUGCAGUUUAUGUAAAGGCUGUCUUCCCUCACCAAUGUUAAUCAUCAUACUUUAUGAUUAUUAAACGUAUUGAAACUAAUACUCUGCUCUGUGUGUUCUGACCGACACACCCGGUUCACUACGAUACCUUGCUAGCCUUAGUAAUUCAGAUAGCUCUUUGCUACAUUAAGUGGUCCUUCGAGCCGGAUACGUAGCUGUGCUGGGAGUAUGCAUCAGAGUGUUGGAGUAUCAGAGGCCAUGUCCACCCGGCCUAAGCGUUUAAUCAGACAGCCCUCUUAUUUGAAAGACUAUGAGGUCAGUGCUAUGCAUUACCAGAGACCGAGUUCAGUGGCACCGCCCGCACCAAGAGAAAGCCAAAGCUCACAGUCUCAUGUGACGUGGAAUGAGCUUUACCCGCCUCCAGAUGAUAACUCUCUAAACUUCGAGGAGAGCUUCCUAGACACUUCCAGACAGUCUUAUACCCCUAUGCCUUACAGAACGGAGGGAGUACCACAGAGCAGGUUACUGAGUGAGAGUAUGCGGUAUGAUUUAGUUUCACAUCAUGAUACUAGAGAGGGUGAAUUGACCGCCUCAGCCAGAGCGCCAUUAGCAGUACAGCGAGAUCAGUCCAGAGAGAGAUGGCCCAUGCCACCCCUUGCUACAUCGGAUGACUUUCAGGCUUCAGAGAUAGAGGAGCCUAAUGAAGAGUUACCUCCCCCACCGUGGCCUACACUAGAUUACCCUCCGAUAUUUGCAGUUGGUGAAGAAAUGCGUAUGAUUAAUGUCUUGGAUCGGAUGAUGAGCGAGUUGCAGCUCAUGAAAGAGAGUGUUGCCUCUAAUGUCCUGACGCCCACUCAUUCACACUCCACCCCGAGAGUGGUAGGCCCUUCCCAGACUAGAGGAGGUUUUGAUCAGUACAAUGCCAAGGUUUGUACUCCGAGGCCAGCAACUUAUUCUACUGUUUCACAUCCACCCCCUGUUUAUCAUUCAGAUGUGGGCUCUGCACGGAGGAGUGGAGUCCGACCUGGCAUGAAUCAGUCAUACCCUACUCAAAGUACACAUUUCUCCCCUGGGUCAGUGACACUGGGAGGGGAGUACCGGGGGCCUACGCCGAAGAUUCCCCUUUUCAUUCGUAAUGACCCGAUGGAGUUCUCUCGUCUGAAGUUAGCCCUAACUAAUCUGUUGCCGGCCGAUGCUUCAGAGCUUUUUAAGUACCAGAUUCUGGUGGAUCAUGUAAAGCUAGAAGAGGCGUGUCUCAUUGCAGACUCCUUUUUUAAUUCACCUAUGCCAUAUACCGACACAAUGAUCGCCUUAACAGAGAAGUUUGGACAGCCGCAUCAAGUCGCCUUGAAGAGGAUCGCUGCGGUGAUGGAUUCAUCUGAGGUGAGAAGAGGGGAUAUAGCUGCCUUUGAGAGGUUUUCUCUGCAGGUGCAGUCGUUUGUGGGUAUGCUGCAGACGUUAGGUCCAGAUGGGGAGGUUGAAUUACGAUGUGGCUCACAUGUUGCUCGAUUGCUCACCAAGCUUCCACCAGAGAUGCGAGCAAACUUCCGUCGUCAGAUGUUCCAGCAUUCUGGUCACACGCAUACAUUGCUGGAUCUUGCAAAAUGGCUACGUUAUGAGUCAUGGUGCCAAGGCUAUGACUCCACUUCAGGUAUCAGUGGUCAGGGAACAUCAGGCUAUCGAGUUGAGAGGAAACGCAGCAGACCAGCAGCUACAGUGUUGCAUGGAUCGGAGAGUGAACAGGGCAGAGCGAUUAAAACGGAAGGCCCUUCAGUGCAGCAAAGGAAGAGCAGAGUAAAGUCAUAUUGCCCAUUUUGUGAGUGUACAGAACACUUCCUUAAUAAAUGUCCAGCGAUACAGAAGCUCACGAAAGAGGAGGUUAUUGAAUGGAUAAGGAUCAAUAAGAGAUGUUGGAGAUGUGGAAGAGCACAUAUGGCCGCCCAGUGUGAUCUAAAGAGGUUAUGUGAUGUGUGUAAUGGGAAGCACUUGAGAGUCUUGCAUGAUGCCAACUCACGCUCUUCAGCCGAGCCGCCGAAAUCUGAGAAUUGCCUGGUGAGUACCAGCACGGACGUUCUUUACGUAGAUCGGCCCUCGGCUACUUCUCGUGUAUUGUUGAAAGUUGUAAGAGUGUUACUGCGCAAUGGAGGCAGAACGUUAGACACCUAUGCGAUUCUGGAUGAUGGGUCCGAACGCACAAUGCUCCUCCCAGAAGCAGUUGACAUCUUAAACUUGCAGAAGAAGCCAGAAGAGCUCGCCCUCCGUACCAUCCGUCAGGAAGUUCAGACACUUCGAGGAUCUGCUGUCUCAUUCACUAUAUCGCCCCUUGCAAAUCCCAAGAGGAACUUUCAGAUUAGGGAAGCGUUCACAUCACAGCGUUUGGGUUUAGCAGACCAUUCCUAUCCGGUGGCCAGUUUGAAGAGAAGGUACAAGCACUUGGCGGAUCUUCCCUUGGAGUCAUUUGAACGGGUUAAGCCACUCAUUCUGAUUGGAGCAGACUAUCCGAACUUACUUACCCCUGUUGAGCCGGUGAGAUUGGGCCCUCCAGGAGGACCUGUAGCCAUUCGCACGAGGCUGGGAUGGACGCUCCAAGGGCCAGCACAUUUCACACAAUGGAUGUAA